AUGAGUGGUCGACGUGCGCCUCCUGCUCCGCGUCCAUACGCAGAUGCACCACGAUCGUACCGUGACGAACCGAGCUCCUCGCGCAGACGACGGAGUCCCAGUCCAUCCCGCACGCGCCGCGAUGAGCGCGAUUGGCGACGAGACGAGCGCGAUGAUCGUGACUGGAGACGAGACGAUCGUGACGACUACCGCGUGCGAAAUCGCGACACUGAUCGAUACCACCACGACGACCGACCUCGCCCCCGCGACCGCGAUCGCGAUGAUCCGCGACAUGAACCACCACGUCCCCGUCCCCCCGCUUACAACGACGAGCGAGAUCGUAGAGUGCGUGACCCUCCAUCGACCAGCCGCAGAAGCCUGUCCCCACCAUCCACACCUCAACCACUGAAACCGCCAGCUGAACCAAAGGAAAAGGAGACCGAAGGGGAAGGUGAGGCUGAAGAGGAUGCGGAUGCAGAUGCAGAUGCAAUGGCGGCAAUGAUGGGCUUUGGCGGAUUCGGCACCACCAAGGGCAAAAAAGUCGACGGCAACGCUGCCGGAGCGGCGCAGGUCAAAAAGGAACGCACGUGGAGACAGUACAUGAACCGAAAGGGCGGCUUCAAUCGUCCACUCGACAAGAUUAAAUGA